AACACUAUGGGUUCCAAUGGCAAGGAAGUGGCCACCGAGAUCCUCCCUUUCAUCCGGGUUUACAAAGAUGGUUCAGUCGAGCGAUUGGCUGGCUCUCCCAUCGUCCCACCUUGUGCUGAAGACCCUGAAACCAGCAUCUCAUUAAAAGACAUAAUCGUCUCACAAGAGCCACCAAUCUCAGCUCGAAUCUACCUUCCAAAACACCUACUUGACCACCACCAACCCCCUAAGGUUCCCAUUUUAGUUUACUUCCACGGUGGAGGCUUUUGCUUCGGGUCAGCUUUCUCUUUUGGUGAAACCAAGUUCAUGAACCGCUUGGCUUGUUUAGCCAACGCCGUUGUUGUAUCGAUCGACUAUAGGCUAGCCCCUGAACACCCUCUCCCCAUUGGUUAUGAAGAUUGCUGGUCUGGUCUUCAAUGGGUUGUUUCUCAUUCCAACGAGGAGCCUUGGGUUUCUACUUAUGCAGAUUUCGAUCGUGUUUACAUCGGCGGCGACAGCGCCGGUGCCAACCUUGCUCAUAACAUACUGAUUCGAGCUGGAUCAGAGGGCUUACGUAAUGGUUGGUUGUCCCUUGGAGCUUUCCUGACACACCCUUACUUCUGGGGUUCGAAGCCAGUUGGGUCCGAGACUAAGGAUGUUGAGCAACGGGAGAAGCUGGCAACGUCCACCAUUUGGCACUUGGUGUAUCCAGAGGCAGCCGGGGGUAUCGAUAAUCCGAUGAUAAAUCCGGUGGUUCCCGGAGCUCCGAGCUUGGCGGGACUUGGAUGUUCGAGGCUGCUUGUUAGUGUUGCUGGCAAGGAUUCACUGAGGGACAGAGGGAUAUCGUAUUCUAAUGCAGUGAAGGAAAGUGGGUGGGAAGGGGAACUGGAGUUGGUUGAAGUUGAAGUUGAAGAUCAUACGUUUCAUAUUAAGGUUUAUGAUUCUGAGAAUGCAAAGAAACACAUCAAACGGCUGGCGUCUUUCCUUGUUUGA